UAUAAUAUUAAAUAAUUUGGAUUAUUUUUGUUUUUUAGAUAAAAAUAUGUAGAUACUUUCCAUUACUUUCUGAUCAUUUGGUAGUUUAGAUAUUUUUUAAUAAAAAAAAAAUCAAAUACUUUAAGAUAUUAUUAAUAGAUUUGUUUAAUUAUAUAUAUAUUUAUUUAUUUAUUUAUGGUUAUGUUAUAUGUAUAUAGUUAAUAUUUUUUGGAAUAUUUCGGUUGGGUCCUGGUUUCGGAAUAUUUCCGUUCGGUCUUGGUCUUUCACCCGUAAAAUAUUUAAUUUAACGUCCGUUAUCCGGUUCGCAGGGAAACGUCGUCCUAUCUUUCCCUCCAGCUUCUUUCUCUUCUUGCGAUUAAUCUAGUUAGUAUUUAUGAUGCAGUUUGGUUGAUAACGGUAGCCAGUUUCUAUGACUAAUAUGUAAAUCUCUAUAUCCAAUUUGUAAUUCUAGCGGCUUAAUUAAAAAUUAUCUGAUUAGCGAAGAAAACAACUAGUUGAUCACAUGACCAGUGGCCAAGUUUUUUUUUUUAAAUAGAUAGAGUGAAGUACAUGGUGAAUGGGCACAUGCUUUCUGGUCAUGUGAUCAUGUCUCUGUAUCCAUUAUUGAAACUUGAACCUUUUUGGUUUGUUUUUUCCCCAUAACCUCUCUCUACAGGUUUAUUAUGUGGUUUCUCUCCACCGUGUGUGAUAUUUUUCCAAUUUUCAGGUUAGUUUUUGGAAGUCUAAACUCAAAGCGUAUUAGCAAAUCUGGUCGGUGAUGGUAUCUGCAGUCAAAUAGUGUUUGUUUAUUAUGUUCAGCCCAUAGAUCUAAAGCUUAAAAGAAUCCAAAGAUGCAUUAAUUAGCGAGAACAUGGGGAUGAGGACCUUAUUAUCAUGUCAGCAUAAGACUAGUCAGUCCAUGUGUAUCUGCAACACUCUCUAAGUUACUAACAAGACUGCUACAAACAUUGAAAGUAACCCAAAGUGCUGUGAUUAUAAUAAUAGUAAUAAGAUAUUAUAUUAAGACUAGCAAUCUAGCUGAUAUGGCUAUAAAUAGAAACAUCCAUGUUACAAAAUGUUUGGUGCGAUAAGAGUGAGAAUGGGUCGUCUUCCACUUAUUCUUUGCCUCACCUUUCUGGUUAUGGCCACAGUAACAUUUGGUGUACCUCCUAAAAAGGCCGUUGAUGUUCCUUUCGGCAGGAACUACUUUCCAACAUGGGCUUUUGAUCACAUUAAGUACCUCAACGGUGGUUCUGAAGUGCAUCUUUUCCUAGACAAGUACACUGGCACUGGCUUUCAGUCCAAAGGCUCAUACUUAUUUGGACACUUCAGUAUGCACAUAAAGAUGGUUCCUGGGGACUCUGCUGGAACUGUGACCGCCUUCUACUUGUCAUCGCAGAGCUCAGAACACGACGAGAUAGACUUUGAGUUUCUAGGGAACAGAACCGGCCAACCUUACAUUUUACAGACAAACGUGUUCACAGGAGGCAAAGGAAACAGAGAGCAGAGGAUAAACCUAUGGUUUGACCCUUCCAAGGACUAUCAUUCCUAUUCAGUUCUCUGGAAUAUGUAUCAGAUUGUGUUCUUUGUGGAUGAUGUGCCGAUACGAGUAUUCAAGAACAGCAAAGACAUUGGGGUGAAGUUUCCAUUCAACCAGCCGAUGAAGAUCUAUUCCAGUCUUUGGAACGCAGACGACUGGGCCACAAGGGGAGGGCUAGAGAAAACCAACUGGGCAAAGGCUCCUUUCGUGGCGUCCUACAGAGGUUUCCACGUAGACGGAUGUGAGGCUUCGGUGAAUGCUAAGUUCUGCGAGACGCAAGGGAAACGUUGGUGGGAUCAGAAAGAGUUCCAAGACUUGGAUGCUCAACAGUACAAGCGUCUCAAAUGGGUUCGUACAAGAUACACCAUCUACAACUAUUGUACUGACCGUGUCAGGUUUCCCGUGCCUCCUCCUGAGUGCCGUAGAGACCGUGACAUUUAGUAAUUUUCAGAUUUCUUAGUAUUUUUCCAAAUGAUGUAUCCAAGUUUGCGAAAGUUUACUUUAUUCUUCUUAAAAGUUAUGGGAGACAUGAUCUAGAGAUUCUUGAACUGU